CCGCACCCCAACACCAGGACACAGGCAGCCGAGCCCAGGAUGAGCGGGGAGGGAUGUGUUUGGACGUAACCAGCUCUUGUUGCUACACUGGCCUUUGAUGGGGAGACGGCGGGCUGCCGGGAAAUGAAGACAGGCGUGUUGGCGGUGAGGAGAGGGUGAUUACUAUAAGGAUGAGCAAAAAGCCCCCAACGCGGCCAGGAAUCGUGUUUGAGGUGGGAGCUCGUCUGGAGGCCCAGGAUUACCUACAGAAAUGGUACACGUCCCGCAUCGAGAAGAUGGACUAUGAAGAGGGCCGGAUGCUGAUUCACUUUGAGAGAUGGAGCCACCGAUACGACGAGUGGAUUUACUGGGACAGCCACCGGUUGAGGCCACUAGACACACCCUCAUUGAAGAAGGAAGCGCUUCGAGGUGACCACGAGCUCCGCGAAUUACGAGCCGGCGAUGAGGUGUUGGCCCGCUGGACAGAUUGCCGCUACUAUCCUGCCAAGAUUGAGGACAUUAGCAAAGAGCAGGGGAUUUAUACUGUACAGUUUUAUGAUGGAGUCAUUCGCUCUGUGAAGAGAAUUCAUAUAAAAUCCAUGCCAGAAGACGCCAAAGGGCAGGACUGGUUGGCUCUUGUUAAAGCUGCCACCGCAGCCGCUGCCAAGAAUAAGGGCAUCAGCAAACCUCAGAGCAACAAGGACAAGGAGGAGAGGAGAGUGGGAAGAGGAGCCCACUUCAGGAAGGAGGCCCACGUCUCAGAGGUCAAACAAACAGAGGAAGACAAGAUGGUGGUGGAGCCCACACCGAUGGCAAUCUCAGGACUGUCUGAGCCAGUGCUGACCCGGGAGGAGGUGAAGCAGAGCCCGGCACCAGCCCCAACCUCGGGGGCAAAGAGGCGGCCAGUCACCGCCAUGGGCUCCUUCCAGGCCAAGAGAGCCCGGCUCAACAAGAUCACAGGUCGACUUCUCCAGUCAGCGGCUAUUGGCCCAGAUGGACAACCUCUAUGCCCAGGCCAGUGUGAGCUGGUGAGGGUGGGGCUGUUGGCGGGGCUGGUGAGGCGGGGGUCUGUGCCGGUGUGUGAGGUGGAUGGGGAGUUCUCCCCGGUGCAGUGUGACGGGGAUGGUGCGCGGUGCUGGUGUGUGACGCCCAGCGGUGAGGAGCUUCCAGGCACCGAAACCAACACAACAGCUGGAUCCCAGCCCAGCUGCAAACCUCCGCUGUGUGCUGUGCCCCCCGGCCCCCCUGAUGGGGUGGUUGUCUGUGACGAGGGUCCCGAGGGCCGGACCCUCCAGCGCUGCCGGCUGAUUUGCCGCCUGGGUCACCGCAGCCCGUUGGCCGGGGAGGACUUUGUGUGCGACACGCGGAGCGGUGUCUGGGCCCCGGCCGCGCCCCAGCGUCACGCCUGUCAGAGGAUCCAGAUGUUUCAGACAGUUGAUGUCCAGGCGAGCUUCGAGCUGCAGUUGCCUCUGGGCAAAGCUUGCGGAGCUCAGUACUCGGGGUCGUUGAAGAGUUUGGAGAACCUCAUCAGCGAGGACCUGAGGCUGCGAGGAUUCUGCCACGUUCAGGUGUCGGGGGUGGGAGGGACGGCCCGACUCACUGUCUGUGAUGCCUCCUCCCUCUCUCUGGGGUGUGCGAGCCCAGAGCGUGUAGGAGUCAACAUGACCUGGAGAGCCCGGCUCGCGGACAUCCCACCUUCCUCCACCCUGGACCUGCGUGACGUAGAGCGCGCAAUGGCUGGGGAGCAGCUGUUUGGCCGUUUGUCGGAGCUGGUUGACGGGGGUGACUACCGGCUGGCGAUGGACGACGGCAGCUUUGCCGUGGCCUCCAGCUUCCUUCCUCCAGGUGUUCCCACCGAGGCUGGGCUGGGGUGUGUGGCAGGGCACAUCAGGGUUCUGAAUGAACCCAACGGAUCUCGCCGUGACGAAGGCUGCGUUCCCUGCCCGCCAGGCAGCUUCUCCCAGCACGGCCCCUGUGCCCACUGCCCCCUCGGCUUCUACCAGGCCCAAGAGGGCAGCACGGACUGUGAGAGGUGUCCCUCAGGGAGGACGACCAGCUCUCCGGGGGCUGUCUUCCCCAGCCAGUGUUUGACAGAGUGCCAGACUGACCCUGCGGGGCUGGAGUGCGAUGAGAUGGGACAGUACAGAGAAGCGCAGAGAGACACGGCUUCCCAAACAUCCUUCUGUCUCACGGAAAACGGGGAGCGUCUGGCCUGGACUGAGACUGCCGUCCCCCUCAACGAUUCAGACUGCAUUGCUCUGAGAGAGUUCGAAAGCAUCGAGAGAUCCCAGCUGCUCCUGAACGCAGAGGCCACACAAGUCCUACACGUCCUCACGUCCCCGGUCGGGCGUCACAGGCACCUCCUGCGCUGUCUCUCAGAGUGCUCGAGAGACGAGAUGUGUGACUUCUUCUCAGUGAUGACCAGAGGAGAGACUGAGCGCUGUGCACUGUACAGUAGUUCCCUCGCCAACCUUCACUGUACAGCCACCAGCCAGGCUCAGCUGUUCCUUGGGGUGGCGUCUGUGGAGAAUUACAAGAGUCUGAGCUGUGAGCUGAAGGUCAGCGAGUCUGGUGAGGGCAGCCUGGCCGUCUACAGGAAGAAAAGUUACCUGUUCACCACGAGGUUCAACAAGACCUUUGUGAGGACGGGUUUCCAGGCGGUGCUGACCGGGGUUUACCGGGCCAUGGCAUUCGCUGCCGAAGCUUCCAGCCUGACGGACGUCCACCAUUUCUGCCGUGAACGCUGUGGGCGGGAGCCGUGCUGUGAUGGGUUUACUCUGAGCAUCAUCGCACUGCACCGAGGCACUAUCCUCUGUGGGCUGAUCAGCCAUCCAGAUGUCCUGCUGUGCAACAAAGGUGACUGGCAGAUGCCGACUCUGGGGGGACAGGGGACAUGCCGAGGGGUCAGGUCCAACAAGGAAACAAAGACCUUCACGUUCAACAUUGGAGGCCUGGAAUUCAGUGGCUCGUACACUCUGUUCUCACAGAGUCUGGAGGAUGACGUGUAUUCACCGGAUCUGACCCCGGACCUGAAGGAGCAAAUUCAGAGAAGCUUCACUCGAUUCCAAGAGGUUUACCUCUGGCAGGAUUCCGACAUGAACGUCCGUCCCCGGGAUCCCUCCAAUUGCUCCAAGAGUGUCCGCCAGGAGCGUCAAACACUGGGAAGGACAGAUGGUGUGAGGCAGCGUUUCUCAGCCCUGGAGCCUGGGCGGGUGUCGGUGGAGCCGGGCCUGUCAUUGGCCAGUCAGACCUACUCGCUCUUCAGACAUCGCUUCCCCAGACCGGAGGCUGAGCUGUGGUGCCUCUCCCACUGUGCGGCUGAGAGCUUCUGCCGGUUGGCAUCUGUGCGGGCGGGUGGGGCCCUGGGGUACAGCUGUGAUCUGUACCCUGACACCCAGCUCUGCCCCUCCGCCAACAACCACAUCCCACCAGCAACUAACUGCAGCCUGAGAUUACCACAGUCACCACAAGCCCUGUACAGGAAGAGAGAUGUGUUGGACGGCAAAGUGAAACAUUUUUACAGGCGCCUGGAGUUCCAGCAGUUGGUGGGAUUCUCCGUCAGGACAAGGCUCAACGUCACGGGGAGAGGCAUCGCUCGUGGGUUCCAGGCCUGUGAGCGCACGUGCGAUGAAGACCCCUGCUGUAAAGGGUUUGGAUUUCUCCGAGACCUUCAGACACCGGCCGGGGAGGUGCUGUGUGUGACCCUGAAUGGUUUGGGAGUGCAGAGCUGCAGUGAGGAGUUCAGGACAUGGCGGGUGAUGGACUGUACGGCAUCUCUAGUUGACGUGGGAAGCUACCCAUUUGGAUGGUACCAGAAACCUGUCAGCCAUUGGAACCGAGUGCCACACAUGUGUCCACCCGACAGCCUUCCCCCUCCCCCUCGGAAAGUGUCGCUGGGGACCUGGCAACUCCUGGAUACCUCUCCCGUCCUCCAGCCGACCAUCUCCAACUUCGAUGUUAUACACAUCAGCGGAGACACAGCCCAGCUCAAUGGAGACUUCACAACCAGCGCCAGAGACUGGUGUCUGUCAGUGUGUGAGUCCAGCCGUGCCUGUGCCAUGGUAACCCUCGACCCUGGGCAGGUGGGGACACGGUGUGUCCUGUACCCUGACACCCACACCUGUGGACACAGCCUGCGAGGCCAGGACUGCCGUGUGCUGCUCAGGGAGCCAGCUCAAGCCCUCUACCUGCGCACAGCUGCAGUGCAGUCGUGUGUGGGUCGCUGUGGGGGCUACGAGCCUGGCCAGACCUGUCAGUGUAACCUACAGUGCGACAGCUACACAGACUGCUGUCCGGACAUCCACCUCUGCAGUGACCCUACCCUGUUGGAGAGCCACCCUGGGCUGACCUCGGUCCUGCUCCCAGGCCGGGGGCUGCUUCUCGGCGAGAACCGGGAGACGCUGGUGGGAACGGAGUGGAGGAGAGUCAGCCGUUACUUGGGCGUUCCCUACGCCGCAGCCCCAACCGGAGCUGCACGGUUCAGCCCUCCGGCCCCCCUCAACUGGACUGGCCAGUGGAACGCCACCAACUAUAGACCCAGCUGCCUGCAGCCCGGCCAUGUCAAGGCCCAUUACUCCACUGUGAGCGAAGAUUGCCUCUUCCUCAAUGUAUUCGUCCCGAAGAACAUCGCCGGGGACAGCUCUGUGCUGCUGUUUUUUCACAACAGCGGAGCCGAAUACGGAGACGAGUCUGGGAGCCAGAUUGACGGCUCGUGGCUGGCGGCCAUCGGCAACAUCAUCGUGGUGACAGCGAGCUACCGUGUCGGAGUCUUUGGCUUUCUGAGUGCCGGGCUGGAGGAAGCCCCUGGUAACUGGGGGCUGAUGGACCAGUUGGCCGUGAUGCAGUGGCUCCACCGCAAUAUCCAGCACUUCGGGGGCUCGGCCUCAAAGCUCACCAUCGCCGCUGACCUCCAGGGAGCCGAUAUCACCAGCCUGAACCUGGUGUCCGCCAGCAGCCAGCAGCUGUUCCAGAGAAUGGCCCUUCUGCUCACUAUGAGCAACGACUGGACAAGCUCAGGCUCUUCAGUCUUGAGAGAAGGCAUCUCAGAGAGGUGUGUAACAUUGUAA